UAACAAGCGAAAGAAUAACUUAAGUAGAUGGUCAAGAACAUUUGUCAAAUUAUUUUUAUGAGGGCACAAGGAAAUGUUCAAUGUUAAAAAAAAUUGCAAAUGGUAAAUUGCAGUAAAACUCAUUGAGGCACAUCUGAACUCGUAUCUUUCUUCGCUAUCAUGUAUAAACUGUCUGUAGGGGGUUUAAUUUUGAAAAGCGGAUCAACCCGGAAGAGAAUAGUGUUUACAGAUGCUGGCUGAAUUUGAGAUCAUUCAUUGUAAAUAUUAAUUGUAAAGCAGCUGCAGAGAAAAUGAGACAGCUUUACUGUACAGCAGGCGCGGGGAUGGAGGAGUUGCUGGCCGAGGAGGUGCGACAGAAACUCUGCGCUUCUCAAGUGGAGCAGAUUCCAGGUAGAGUUUUCUUCAGCACCAAUGCUGAAUUGCAAACCCUGACUCAACUGAAGUCUGCAGAGAGGCUGUUUCUCCUCCUGCACAAAACUGAACCCAUUGCACUUCCCAACAACCCAGGAAAGGCAGCUACUGUUAUAAAGCAGAAAGUUGUGGGGGAUCCAGACAUUUGGAAGCAGACUCUUUUAUCCUGGACGGCCCUUCAGGAAGAGCUGGACUGCAGACGGCAUCAAGGACACAAGAGAAAGAGAGAGGAAGAUGAGGAGGAGGAGGAGAGUGUGACUGAAGCAGAUGGAUCCACACAGACCGUCUCCUCCAGCAUACACUUAGAUGAGAGACAAAAGGAUGUAGGAACAGAUUCUCAUCAGCACAUAACAUCCUUCAGAGUGAGCUGCCGCUGUAGUGGAGUCAUCGCCCGCUCUAAUAACUCUCAGAGACUGAGUCGUAUCAUUGGGAUGGCCAUUAAAGAACAGCUUGGUUGGAAGGUGGACCUGAGAGAGCCUGUUCUUGAGGUCAAUGUGUACUUAAGUGAUGACCAUUGCAUUGUAGGCAUCCCACUUUUGAAGCAUCCUCUGGCCAGUCGUUCUUAUAUGAAACACAAUGGGUUGCGUUCUACUAUAGCCUGGGCCAUGACAUCUCUUUGUCCUAGACAGCUCAACAAUUGUGUGAUUUUAGACCCAAUGUGUGGAGUUGGUGCCGUGUUGUUGGAAGCAGCUCAGGAAUAUUCUAAUGCUGUAUUUCUAGGCAUGGAUACAGAUGGGUCUCAGUUACAGAAAGCUGCAGAGAAUGUGAAAGCAUCUGGAAUGGAAGGAAGAGUGCAGUUACUUCAGUCUUCUGCCUUGGAGAUCCCUCUUGCUGACGGGGCGGUUGAUGCCGUGCUGUGUGAUGUUCCCUUUGGCAGGAAGUUCAGUUGUAGCUCUGACAUGACAACUGCUCUGCCACUUUUACUGAAAGAAAUGGAGAGGGUACUUCGUGUUGGUGGACAUCUUGUUUUGUUACUGAGUUUGCAGCUUUCUGCUCAGCUUAAGAAGAUCAUCUGCACACCUGAGCAGGAACAACACUCCAAGUCUUUAGACACAAAGAGUGUUCACACUGAGCCUUCAAAUGCACACAAAGAAAGCACAGAAACUCAUAAACCCUUAUUAAUCAGCUCUUUACAAUCACAGAAGAAACACAGGGUCAGUCUUGGCAGCACAGAUGCAUUUAUACACACUUACACUAAAAUACAAACUCAAACACACUCACACUAAAACAAGCUCACCCUGAUAUGAAUAUGUGGACAAUCAGAAAAUGGAUAUUAAAAUAAGAAGCAAAUAAAAUCUAUUUAAAUGAUCUGUUAUUGUCUUUUAUUAAAGGG